CAAGAGUGACGCGCGGCGGGCUGAGUGGACGCUCCGUGGACGCACAACUUUUUGCAUCGCUCCAAAACACGCACACGCGCACAUAAGAGGGGCCGCGUGCACGCCACAGACGUGCACUUUUAUGGAGUACGGUGCCAUGUGAGGAGGGGCGACAGGAGGAGAGGGGGUCUCCGCGCUUCUUGGAUAUUGGUCCCGUGUCAUAUUUGGAUAACGUUUUCUGAAGGAGAGGAGCUAAGAGUGGGCUUUUGAAAGGAUUACUACCCCUUUUUUCUUCUUUUAUUCAAUUGGUUCUCUGGAAUUGGGAUUGCAUUUUGGGUGAUACUUUGGCUGCAGAAGGAUGGCAGCUUGGUUCACCUUCUCCCUUGCCUUCAGCACCAUAGCACAGGUGUUUGCCUCUGGUGUUUUUGAGCUGCACCUCCACGACUUUAAGAACCAAAAGGGUCUCUUAGCCAACGGGCUGCCGUGCAAGCCCAGCUGCAGGACUUACUUCAGGGUGUGCCUGAAGAACUACCAGGCGGUGGUCUCGCCAGGGGGGUGCAUAUUCGGCAGUGCCCGAACGCCAGUUCUGGGCUCCUCUAACUCCUUCAGUGACGCGCCACCUGGUCUCAUCCAAAUCCCCUUCAACUUUAGCUGGCCGGGCUCCUUUUCGUUAAUAAUUGAAGCCUGGCACUCUCCUCAUGGAAAUCUACCUGUAGAAACCAGCAACCCAGACUUUCUGAUAAGCUUCUACGCCAUCCAAAGACAAAUGAGCGUGGGCAGCGACUGGUCUCAGGACAUGCAGACCAGCGAGCAGACGGAGCUGAGGUAUUCCUACCGCUUCGUCUGCAACAAGAGUUACUACGGCGAGAGCUGCUCCAAGAAAUGCACGCCCCGGGACGACCGUUUUGGACACUACACCUGCACCAGGGAUGGGAAGUUGUCCUGCCUGGCCGGCUGGAAGGGCGAAUACUGUGAAGAACCCAUCUGUCUGGAAGGUUGCAGCGAGAGGAAUGGCAACUGCUCCAAACCGGGCGAGUGUGUGUGCCGAGAUGGCUGGCAGGGUACUUUCUGCGACGAGUGCAAGAAGCAUCCGGCGUGCAAGCACGGUACCUGCCAGCUGCCGUGGCAGUGCAACUGUCAGGAGGGCUGGGGAGGCCUAUUGUGUGACCAAGAUCUGAACUUCUGCACGCAUCACCAUCCAUGUGUGAACGGCGCCACCUGCAUGAACACGGGCCAGGGCAGCUACACGUGCACAUGCAUGCCGGGCUUCACGGGGGUCAACUGCGAACUGGAGAUGCAGGAGUGCGACAGCAACCCCUGCCGGAACGGAGGGAUAUGCACCAAUCUGGAGAGCGGCUACAUGUGCUCAUGUCUAGAGGGCUUUGAGGGCUCACACUGUGAACACAGUUUGCUGACAUGCGCUGAUUCCCCCUGCUUCCACGGUGGCAAGUGCUGGGAGAAAGACAAUGGGCGGAGCUACAUGUGCGAGUGUCCCCGUGGCUACACCGGCCUCAACUGCGAGAAGAGAGUGGACAAAUGCACGUCGCUUCCCUGCGCUAAUGGUGGUCAGUGUCUUAUCCACGGCGGCACUCGUGUGUGCAGCUGCCGUGCAGGAUUUACCGGCCAGCAUUGUGAAAUCAACAUCAACGACUGCGCCGGGAACCCAUGCGUCAACGGUGGUACCUGCCUUGACCGGAUCAACGAUUACACCUGUGAAUGUCCUUCAGGGUACAUUGGACGUAAUUGUGACAGGGUCCUGGAUGAGUGUCCCCUCCAUCCCUGCCUCAAUGGCGGCGUCUGCGCCAGUACGACCCCUCCUACUUGCGCCUGCCCACCUGGCUUCACUGGACCCAGCUGCGAGUUCUUUGCCGCUGUGACAUCACAGGUGGGGGAGAUUCAAGAUGGUUUUCAAUGGGUGGCAGUCUCUCUGGCCGUGGGGCUGAUGGCACUACUGGUCCUGUUGUGCAUGGUGGGCUUGGCCCUGAGGCACAUACACCGGCAAGCCCGGAGGCACCGCGAAGACACGGAGACCAUGAACAAUGUGUCCAGCGUUCAGCAGGAUAACCUCAUACCGGCAUCACAGCUCAAAAACACUAAUCAGAAAGUCAGCCUGGAGGUGGACUGCGACUCAGAGAAGUCGAACUUUAUCCAUAAAAACUAUCACUUGGACCAUUACAGCUCAAAAACAAAAGAGUUUAAGGACGAAAAGUCACAAGAAGAUAAAAGUCUCAUUUAUGACAAGUGUUUAGAAGACAAAAGACCCUUGAGUAGAGUGUGCAGUGAAAAACCAGAGUGUAGGAUAUCAACGAUAUGCUCGUCCAGAGACUCCAUGUACCAGUCGGUAUUUGUUAUAGCCGACGCAAGGAGAGAGUGCGUCAUAGCGACUGAGGUUUAAAACGAGUGAACCAGAGACACACAAACACAAUCAAAGCAGAAUUGGAAUAUUCUGGAUUGUUUACAAAAACCUAGAAGAGACUUGGAGGUUGUUGUUUUUUUCCGACAUGUCAGCCGCUGCUCUCUGGACCACUUGAGGACAGGCGGAAGAACAUUUUAAUUUAUCAUCUCUCAGACGGUUGAAAAGGAGGCGAAGGUGGAUCGCCUGCCCGCCACUCGUUUUCUGGCCUUGUGUGAUAAUCAGCAUCACCACGAUGACUUACAGCCAACCAAUCAGUGAAAGUUGCCUGAGAUUUUUUUUUCCAGCCCCUCCCUCCCGGAAAACCCAGUCAGUCACUCCUGCCACCUUCGCCUUCUAUGCAAAAAGCAAAAAAAACUCAGGGUCCACGCCCACAAUCCAACGUCACAAACACUGAGAGUAAUGAAUGUCUGAACAUCUUCAAUUUGAAGAUUUCCAUGCAGCCCAUGUUCACUAGAAGCCUUAAAAAGCGGUGUUGGGGCGGGAUUUGGGGGGGUUAAAAUGCUAAAUUUGUGCCCUUGUCUCCUCUUGGAUUGUUUGCACUACAAAAAUGACAAAUAUUUUUCAAUCAGCAAAGACUUGCAGCAGUCAAACGAAUGCAUAGAAAGUGUUUCAAUGCAACCCCAACGAGACACACACAAAAAGACUCAUACCACAACUGCCUGCCUGCCUAAGACACAGUUCAAAACUACAGAACCACUAAUGUAAUUGUUUUUUUAAUGAUUUCCAGAGUUUAAUUUAAAUAUGACACAUUGCUCUUUAUAUGUUUUAUAAUAUUAUUUUGUAUAUAAUGCAUAUUUAUAAGGACCAAAUUUCUGAAGAAUAAACUUUGUGGAAAAACUGUUUUAAGAUCAA